CUCUCUCCUCCCUCUCGCCGUUCUUUUCCUCCCUCCCUCUCUCUCUGCCGGCCUCAUCGGAGAGAGUUGCAGUUCCUUCUGGGCCUGUGUGGACUAGGGGCACAACGCGGCGCCUGACUGGCAGGAGGGGAAAGCGGAGACUCCUUCAGGUUUCCAAAGAGGUCCGAGUGGACAGCGUUAGGAAAUCUUGAAGAGUCUUACACUUUUAAUCCUCCAGUCGUUAACUGUGCUAUGAGGAUAUUCUGGUGAGGUGGUGGGAGUAAAAAGCAACUAUUUUCCUCACCGUUUAUAACACAGUUAAGAAUUUGACUGACAGAAUGUUGGCACCAGCUGUGGUAGAACUGAUCAGCCUCAACUCCAAAUCUCUAUCCUGAGACAAAACAACAGGAUGUGCCUUGGAGAAGAAUCUCAGGAUAGAGUUACUUUGAUUGUGUUCCAAACCUGCAAGCUCAGAGAACUGGAAUUCACAAAGUUGAGGUGAGAAAUUCAGUGGACAGCAGAAAAAUCCACAAAGGUUCAAAGCUCUGAAAAUACUUCAUCUGAAAUUUCAGACUGGACAGACUCGCAGUGGCUUCUAAGCCAGUGAGAACAAGGCUGCCAAAGCAUGCUGGUGCCAAACUGUCGGAUGAUGCACGUAGUCAGGCCAGUGGUGGUUCUUCUGUGCUUGCUGCUCUAUGCUGAUGCUGAAACACCACCAAAGUUUACAAGAACUCCUGUUGACCAGACAGGGGUUUCAGGAGGAGUUGCCUCAUUCAUCUGCCAAGCCACAGGAGAUCCAAGACCUAAAAUUGUCUGGAACAAAAAAGGAAAGAAAGUCAGCAAUCAGAGAUUUGAGGUAAUAGAGUUUGAUGAUGGAUCUGGAUCAGUUCUCAGAAUACAACCACUGCGCACACCCCGAGAUGAAGCUAUUUAUGAAUGUGUGGCUUCCAACACUGUUGGCGAAAUAAGCGUGUCCACAAGACUAACUGUUUUACGUGAGGAUCAAAUUCCUCGAGGUUUUCCAACCAUUGAUAUGGGCCCACAGCUGAAGGUGGUUGAACGAACUCGUACAGCUACCAUGUUAUGUGCAGCCAGUGGCAAUCCUGAUCCUGAAAUAACUUGGUUCAAAGAUUUCUUACCUGUUGACACAAGCAACAACAAUGGCCGCAUCAAGCAGCUACGCUCAGAAUCUAUUGGUGGUACACCAAUAAGAGGUGCCCUCCAAAUUGAACUGAGUGAAGAAUCUGACCAAGGCAAAUAUGAGUGUGUUGCAACCAACAGUGCGGGUACACGCUAUUCUGCCCCUGCUAAUCUAUAUGUCAGAGAGCUGCGAGAAGUUCGACGGGUCCCACCAAGGUUCUCUAUACCCCCAACAAAUCAUGAGAUCAUGCCUGGCGGGAGUGUAAAUAUCACCUGUGUUGCGGUGGGAUCACCAAUGCCAUAUGUGAAAUGGAUGCUUGGAGCAGAAGAUUUGACACCUGAAGAUGAUAUGCCAAUAGGGAGAAACGUCCUUGAGCUUAAUGAUGUCAGACAGUCUGCAAACUAUACUUGCGUUGCUAUGUCUACCCUUGGUGUUAUAGAAGCAAUAGCACAGAUAACUGUCAAAGCCUUACCCAAACCUCCUGGAACACCUGUGGUGACAGAAAGCACAGCAACUAGCAUAACAUUGACUUGGGAUUCUGGAAACCCUGAGCCAGUUUCUUACUACAUAAUCCAACACAAACCCAAAAACUCCGAGGAGCCAUAUAAAGAAAUUGAUGGGGUGGCCACAACACGUUACAGCGUGGCUGGCCUAAGCCCAUAUUCAGAGUAUGAAUUUCGGGUAGUUGCUGUAAAUAACAUUGGGCGAGGGCCACCCAGCGAGCCUGUGUCAACACGGACUUCAGAACAAGCACCUUCAAGUGCACCACGCAAUGUACAGGCCCGAAUGCUGAGCUCCACCACCAUUCUGGUACAGUGGGAAGAACCAGAAGAACCUAAUGGGCAAAUACAAGGUUACAGAGUUUAUUACACCAUGGACCCCACUCAACACGUCAACAGCUGGAUGAAGCACAAUGUGGCUGACAGCCAUAUUACCACUAUUGGGAAUCUUGUACCCCAGAAAACAUACUCUGUGAAGGUUCUUGCUUUUACUUCUGUUGGGGAUGGACCACUUUCUAGUGACAUUCAAGUCAUCACUCAAACAGGAGUGCCUGGUCAACCACUGAACUUCAAAGCAGAACCUGAGUCUGAAACAAGCAUACUGCUUUCCUGGACACCUCCACGGUCUGAUACCAUUUCCAGCUAUGAACUGGUUUACAAAGAUGGGGAGCAUGGGGAGGAACAACGUGUUUCCACUGAACCCACGACAUCGUAUCGUCUGCAAGGCUUGAGGCCAAACAGCCUGUACUUGUUCCGCCUAGCUGCACGGUCUCCUCAAGGCCUGGGUGCCUCAACAGCAGAAAUCUCAGCCAGAACCAUGCAGUCAAAGCCAUCAGCUCCUCCUCAAGACAUUAGUUGCACAAGCCCCAGCUCCACUAGCAUUUUGGUAAGUUGGAAACCUCCACCGGUGGAAAAACAGAAUGGCAUUAUCACUGCAUACUCCAUCAAGUACAUUGGAAUUGAUGGAGAAGAUGUCAAGCCCCAUGAAAUUUUGGGAAUUUCCUCGGACAGUACCCAGUACCUUUUGGAACAGCUGGAAAAGUGGACUGAGUACCGGAUCUCUGUGACUGCUCACACUGAUGUUGGACCUGGCCCAGAGAGCUUAGCAGUAUUGAUUCGGACAGAUGAAGAUGUUCCUAGUGGUCCUCCUCGCAAAGUCGAGGUGGAGGCUGUCAACUCCACUGCUGUUAGAGUGUCGUGGCGCUCGCCUGUGCCCAAUAAGCAGCACGGCCAGAUACGAGGCUACCAGGUCCACUACGUCCGGAUGGAGAACGGGGAGCCAAAGGGCCAGCCCAUGCUAAAAGACAUCAUGCUGGCAGAUGCACAGUGGGAAUAUGAUGAUACUGCUGAACAUGAAAUGAUAAUUUCUGGGCUUCAGCCUGAAACUACAUACUCUUUCACUGUGACAGCCUAUACAACUAAAGGUGACGGAGCACGCAGCAAACCCAAACUUGUAUCUACUACUGGUGCAGUUCCAGGCAAACCUCGGCUUGUGAUUAGCCACACACAGAUGAACACGGCGCUAAUUCAGUGGCAUCCUCCAGUGGAAACUUUUGGCCCGCUGCAGGGUUAUCGCCUGAAGUUUGGUCGCAAAGACAUGGAUACAUUAACGACCAUGGAGUUCUCAGAGAAGGAAGAUCACUUCACAGCCACAGACAUUCACAAAGGAGCUUCUUAUGUCUUCAGGCUCUCAGCUAGAAAUAAAGUGGGCUUUGGGGAGGAGAUGGUUAAAGAGAUUUCUGUUCCUGAAGAGGUACCCAGUGGAUUUCCCCAAAAUCUCCACUCGGAAAGCUCUACUUCUACAUCAGUUCAAUUAACUUGGCAGAUGCCACUCUUGGCAGAAAGAAAUGGCAUUAUCACCAAAUACACCAUCUUGUACAGAGAUAUCAAUGUUGCUUACCAGCCAAUUGAACUCCCUGUUGUUCCUGCUGAUACCACUAUGACACUUUCUGGCUUAAAACCAGAUACCACUUAUGAUGUAAAAGUACGUGCCCACACAAGCAAAGGGCCUGGUCCAUAUAGUCCAAGUGUCCAGUUCAGGACACUACCCGUGGAUCAAGUGUUUGCAAAAAAUUUUCAUGUUAAAGCAGUAAUGAAGACUUCUGUUUUGCUGUCCUGGGAAAUUCCAGAAAACUAUAAUUCGGCUUUGCCUUUCAAAAUCCUUUAUGAUGAUGGGAAAAUGGAGGUUGAUGGACGUGCUACUCAAAAGCUGAUCACAAACUUGAAGCCAGAGACAUCAUAUUCAUUUGUCCUGACAAACAGAGGGAAUAGUGCUGGUGGCCUUCAGCACAGAGUAACCGCAAAGACUGCCCCAGACGUGCUUCGCACAAAGCCAGUCUUCAUUGGAAAGACCAAUUUAGAUGGCAUGAUAACUGUGGAACUUCCAGAAGUACCCUCAAAUGAGAAUAUAAAAGGCUAUUACAUAGUUAUUGUGCCUUUGAAGAGGUCCCGUGGAAAGUUUAUCAAACCAUGGGAGAGUCCAGAUGAAAUGGAAUUAGAUGAGCUGCUUAAGGAGAUAGCUAGGAAACGCAGAAGCAUUCGUCUUGGGAGAGAAGUUGAAUUAAAGCCAUAUAUUGCAGCUCACUUUGAAGUUCUUCCUACAGAAUUCACAUUGGGGGAUAAGAAGCAUUAUGGUGGAUUUGAGAAUAAGCAACUGCAGAGUGGUCAAGAAUACGUCUUCUUUGUGUUGGCUGUAAUGGAGCACUCAGAAUCUACCAUGUAUGCAACAAGCCCAUAUUCAGAUCCUGUUGUGUCAAUGGAUCUUGAUCCCCAGCCAAUUACAGAUGAGGAAGAAGGCUUGAUUUGGGUUGUUGGACCAGUGCUUGCAGUGGUGUUUAUCAUCUGUAUUGUUAUUGCUAUACUUCUUUAUAAAAGUAAACCUGACAGGAAGAGGGCAGAAUCUGAUUCUAGAAAGAGCAGCAUACCCAACAGCAAGGAGGUCCCCUCUCACCAUCCCACAGAUCCAGUGGAGCUGCGACGCCUUAACUUCCAAACUCCGGGUAUGGCCAGUCAUCCCCCAAUACCUAUUUUGGAACUUGCAGAUCACAUUGAAAGAUUGAAAGCAAAUGACAAUUUGAAGUUCUCACAGGAGUAUGAGUCUAUUGAUCCUGGUCAGCAGUUCACAUGGGAACACUCUAACCUGGAAGUAAACAAACCAAAGAAUAGAUAUGCGAAUGUAAUUGCAUAUGACCAUUCUCGUGUUCUACUCUCAGCAAUAGAAGGCAUACCAGGCAGCGACUAUAUCAAUGCCAAUUACAUAGAUGGAUACAGGAAGCAGAAUGCAUAUAUAGCAACGCAGGGGGCACUGCCAGAAACCUUUGGUGACUUCUGGAGAAUGAUGUGGGAACAACAAGGUGCAACAGUCGUCAUGAUGACAAAACUAGAGGAGAGGUCCAGGGUGAAGUGUGAUCAAUACUGGCCAAGCAGAGGCACAGAAACAUAUGGAUUAAUUCAAGUGACCCUUUUAGAUACUGUUGAAUUGGCAACAUACUGUGUUCGUACAUUUGCACUUCACAAGAACGGCUCAAGUGAGAAAAGGGAAGUGAGGCAAUUCCAGUUCACUGCCUGGCCUGACCAUGGUGUCCCAGAACACCCAACACCAUUCUUAGCUUUUCUGCGACGAGUCAAGACUUGCAACCCACCUGAUGCUGGACCUAUGGUUGUGCAUUGCAGUGCUGGAGUCGGCAGGACUGGCUGUUUCAUUGUGAUAGAUGCCAUGUUAGAGAGAAUAAAGCAUGAAAAGACUGUAGAUAUUUAUGGCCAUGUAACUCUAAUGAGAGCACAGAGGAAUUACAUGGUUCAAACUGAGGACCAAUACAUCUUUAUCCAUGAUGCACUACUGGAAGCAGUGACAUGUGGAAAUACCGAAGUGCCAGCCAGAAACCUGUAUGCAUAUAUCCAGAAGCUGACACAGAUAGAAACAGGCGAGAAUGUCACAGGAAUGGAACUGGAGUUUAAGCGUCUUGCUAGCUCUAAGGCUCACACUUCAAGAUUCAUCAGUGCCAAUCUUCCAUGUAAUAAAUUCAAAAAUCGCCUUGUCAACAUUAUGCCAUAUGAAUCCACAAGGGUAUGCUUGCAGCCUAUCCGAGGAGUAGAAGGCUCUGAUUAUAUUAAUGCCAGUUUCAUUGAUGGAUACAGACAACAAAAAGCUUACAUAGCUACACAGGGUCCUUUAGCAGAAACAACUGAAGACUUCUGGAGAAUGCUCUGGGAACAUAACUCUACAAUUGUGGUCAUGCUCACUAAACUACGAGAAAUGGGCAGAGAAAAAUGCCAUCAGUACUGGCCUGCAGAGCGCUCAGCCAGAUAUCAGUAUUUUGUGGUAGAUCCAAUGGCAGAGUACAACAUGCCACAGUAUAUUCUGAGGGAAUUCAAGGUUACAGAUGCAAGGGAUGGUCAGUCCCGAACAGUGAGGCAGUUCCAGUUCACUGACUGGCCAGAACAAGGAGUGCCAAAGUCUGGAGAAGGAUUUAUUGAUUUCAUAGGCCAAGUACAUAAAACAAAAGAGCAAUUUGGUCAGGAUGGACCAAUUUCUGUUCAUUGCAGUGCGGGUGUUGGAAGGACUGGAGUAUUCAUAACCCUGAGCAUUGUGUUAGAAAGAAUGAGAUAUGAAGGUGUUGUAGACAUCUUCCAGACUGUCAAAAUGUUAAGGACACAGCGGCCAGCCAUGGUACAGACAGAGGAUCAAUACCAGUUCUGCUAUCGAGCCGCACUGGAGUAUCUGGGCAGCUUUGAUCACUAUGCAACAUAAAAACCCAUUGUGGAUUUUUAUUGCAGGCCCUUUAAGAUCCAGAGAGCCGCUUCUGAGCCAUACAAUGUGCUUUAGAAGUACUUCUUAACUCUUAGCUAAGGAGCAAUUAUUGGGGAUAUAUAAAAUAAAAAAUAAUAAAAAAAAAAAAACAAAUGAACAAAGUAUUGGGGAUAUAUAAAACAAAAAAACAACAAAAAAAAACCCCACCCAACAAGAAGUAUUCCAUGUGGACCAAGAAUUCACAGUUUAAUAACCUAACCAUAAUAAAAGAAUCCUGACCACUGAGGCGUCUGAAGGAUCUCAUUUACAGAUACCUCAAGGGUUCGACAUUGGUUGAAGUUAAAGGGAAGAGGAAAUUUAAUCAGAAAGAGUGAUCAUCUUAUUCAGGAUUACAUUAUUUUGCAAAGAGGAGUUUUGAGAACUGCAGUUCAGUGCAAGAUGUUUGUGGCAAGGUUGGGUUCUGGCUUCUCAAACAAAGCAGACUCUUUACUUCAACAUCACCGUUUCCCAUAAUACUGCUCAUCAUAACACUUAAGGGAAAAUGUGGGAAUGUUUAAAAAGAAAGUCCUUGACUUAGUUUUUUAGUAUUGUAAAGAUACUGCUGACCUGUGCUUCAUUUUUAACUGUGUAAACUUUUUCCUUUUUUUAACAAGAGUUUAUCAUUCAAUGAAGUGAAUUAAAGAAAAGGUUGCAUAACUGUUAAUAUUUUGGUUUAAAACUGUAGAUUUUUUUUUAAGCUGUAGAACUGUUAUCUGUAAUAUUGUGCUGUAGAAAUGUUAGAUACUUUGAAAAUUUGCACAUUUUUGUGCAGUCCUACAGUACCACAGUCUUGUUAGAUAUGAAUUUUGUAGCUUUAUUUGGGUUUUUUUCCUUUAAGAAAAUAUUCAUUGUAAUCAGUUACAUCAAAAUGGGGCUUUUGGUUUAUUUUGGAAUCAACAGGGAGGCGCAAAGUAUAAAGAUGCUGCUAGCACAUACACACACACGCACACAUAUGCACAUGCACACUCACACCCUCUCUUUUAUAUAUAUAUAUAUAUGUAUUACUGUCUACCCUUUUUUGACUCUGUAUAGUUGCAGAGAAUACAGAUGGAUUCAGAUGCAGUUUCACACACAUGCACAUAAACAUAGCAAUCCUUACAUACCUGGAUUUAUGAAUGCAUUGGGAAAGUUUUUCCACAUACUACAAUUAUAUCAAACUACAAUUUGAUCAUCCCUGCAUUUUUAAGAUCCAUAAACUUCUGUUUCAAAGGGAAGUGAGGAAUGCACAUCAUUGAUAUUUGAAUGCCAUUUCUAUCCCAAAUAAUAUUUCUAUCCACAUUUCCACUUGAACACACACACAUAUGCACACAUACAGAGCACACACAUGCACACACGCACACAGAGUAUGUGAUUUAGGCUUCAAGUGAAGUUCAAUAUUUGUAACACUAUAGUGCAAUAAGAAAUCAUAUUAUUAAAUGUAGGAGGUGUGCAUGUGGGAAAGGUCAGUGCAUAUCCCUUUAGGAGGGGAGAAUGUUGUAAUAUACUAGGUAUUAAGAUGUUUUAAAAUUGUAUUCAAUAGUAUACUGUCUAUAGUGUGCGCUAUAUAAUUUACAUUUAUCGUAUGUAACAGGGCAAAGCCAAACACACAUUGCUCUGUGAAAUCAAACAUUUUGUGGCAUAUAGCAUUGUUUGGGGAUGCUGGGGUUUAUUUUAAUUUUACAUUUAGAGUGCCUUAUAUUUGAUGCCUAUUUUGAAUAGUAUUUCUUUAAGUUAGCCUUCAUUUGUAUUUAGUUUAGUUCGUUUAUAUCUCUGUUGUUCUUUUCAAACAUUUUAAUACAUGUACCAGACAAUUUUGAAAAAUAUGCAUUUCCAGUUUCUAAUCAAGUAUGGAUGGUAAUAAAUGAUAACCCAAAACACAUAGGUAGUCAAGGCCCUUUAUCUUUCCAUAUUUCUAAUAAGAGAAUAACCUACAAGUUGGAAAUCUAUUUCUGGUUGGCUUUUCAAACCCACUUUGUCACUGGUUUUAGUGUUAUCUGUCACUGCCAAGCUGCAGCAGCAGAGUAGCAGUAGUUGACAUCAGCAGUGCUUCUGCAUCUUCUUUUUUUUUUUUUUUUUUUCCUUUUUCUGUUUCUUUUUUAUUUUUUUUCAAAUUUAUAUCUGGCCAAGUCCUACUCAUUCACUUGUGUCAACAGAUUGCUAAAGUCAAACCCUUGCUUUCAGUGGGAAGGUUCAUAGGUUUAUGCAAGGCUAGCAAGCCUGAGCCCACAUGACAUAUUGGAGAUUGACAGAUUUUAUUCCAGGAAAAAGGAAAAUUCUCUAAACAGCACAAAGUACUUUUUGAGACUCUUUCUAGAAUGCCAUUUACAUUGACCUUGGUCACCAUGUGUUCUGCCGUUGUUAGUACAUCAGGAUCAAAGGAUGCUUUCUUUGGGCUUUCAAAUAGGAGCAUUGCUGUGGCUUCUCCAUGUGGCCUCAACAUUUUUAGUUCUUCUUCCAAUUUUCCCACUCCUAUGAGAAAUAAAAAUAAGAAAGACCAAACUCCAGCAAUUGUAUUUGAGCACUUUUGUAAUGAAAAAAACCCAAACCAAAAAAAAUCAAAACAGAAAUAUAACUCUCUCUCUCUCUCUCUCUCUCUCUCUCUCUCUCUCUCUAUAUAUAUAUAUAUAUAUAUGGAAUAGAAGUAUUAUAGAAGGCUACCUCAGAAUGAGAUUCUAUAAUUUACAUCUGAACCAGAGAAGAAUGUGCACUGUGUUUGUUUAUUUUCUUCUUUCUUGGUUUAUAUGUUGAAAUAAUUAUUGAAAUGCCAGGUUAUAUAUUGUGGUCAUAUUCUUCAACUAAAAUACAGAAAAUCAGAAAUAGAAAAAAAAGUGUCAUUUCAAAAACAUAGACUAAGGUACGUUCCUGCACACUAAAUCUGUACAAAGAUCAGUGCAUUUUCCAUAGCAGACUGUCUUGAAAACUCCAACAAAAAUAAAGGAGUAAAAGAAAUACAAAAAAGCAGAGCCAAUUUGUGAGAAAAACUGUUGUACAACUGAGUACUUCUUUCAGGGUUUUGUUUCUUAUGAUAGGUCUUAGCAUCAUUGAUGUGCAUUCCACUUUCUGUAUUCUAAUAUAUGCAUCUACAGUUAAUUUAAAUUGUGAGCAUUUUUGUCUACAUACAUCAUACAUUUCCAAGCUUAAAAUUGGUUUCAUCAGCAUAACCAGUACGGUGCUAUUAUUUACGUUUCUAUGUGUAGUUAUGUCUAAUUUUGUAAUUAGUUGCAAUGGGGAAAAAAACACAAAAUAUAUAAAAAUGAUUUAUACAAAACUUUAAUUUAGCUCUUUUUUAAAAAUUUAUUUGAGUGGUUAGAUAGUGGAGAAGAUGGCUGGGGAAAGGAGUGACCUUCUAAGGAGAUUUGCACUUUCUAUAUAUACCUUUGUACUAUGCACUGCCCUAUUGAUUCUACACCCAAUAAUAAUUUGAACCCAUCUGUAAGAAAUUGCCUACAAAAUCCACUUGUAUGUAUUUAAAAGACACAGAACAUGUAUAAAAAAGCAACUGGUUUUUUUUUCCUUUUAUUCUCUCCCAUUUUUAUUUAUGUUUCUUUUUCUUCUUUUUUUUUUUUUUAUUUUUUUUCCCCUUGGUGCCCUGAUACUCCACAGAUAUCAGAAGGCUGCAGGUCUCAUUAUAACCAUCCGUUAUGUGGCUUUGCCAUUCAAGCUUGGAGUGUCUUUACAAAGAUAAUAAAAACUUGUGUUCUUUGCUCUUGUUUUGGAUGCAUAGACUGAAAAACUUUAAAAAUUUACCUUGUAAAAUGGCUUGUUAAAAAAGAUACAAUUACCUCUAAUUAGUAGUACGCAUAAAUGUUUUACAGAAUGAAAGGCGUGCUUUUUAUUUUCUUACUUCGUUACAUUGGUGGCAAAAGGAAGUCUGUAUGAAAAUCAGUUCUUUGCUGACACAAGUUCCAUUUGUUACAGAUGAAUUCUAAUAAAAUGUCAGUGUUAUGCA